AUGCAGCAAGAUGGUCUGGGCGUCCCGGGGAACGUCUGCACGGCGUACUACCAUAUUGCCCCGACUGCAUGGUUGGCAGACGCUGCCGGUUGCAACUUUGGUGACGCCGGUGUCUGCUUCGGCAGAUGCGACUGCGACAUCGUUCCCAACACAUGGACGAUGGUGGAAGGCGUCACCCCACGGCACUAUGAGUACAAGACAAUCGCCUCGGAGCGACAGUGGACGAGACAAAGUCCAAUGGAUGAGCUUGUGCCUGCCGAUGAGGCCAUCGGCGAUCACCCGCUCUCGCCCGAGAGCCAUGCACGCUCCGUCGGCCUAGAGCAGCUCCAUUGUUGUCCGGACCAGACCUCUGGCGGCAAUAAGCGUCUCUGGUCGGAACCUGCAUGGCGGCCUCUGCUCGUCCAUGGUCUCUGUCGAUCCCGAGCAGACCCCCGCCGACCUUCUCCCGCGCACGGCUCGUCACAACAACCCCGGAUGGUGCCAUCGGGGGCCUGGGAUCUGGGGGAUCUGGUCAGGAGAUAA